AUGAUAUCAUCAGAAAAUAAAACUGUCAAAUUAUUAUCAUCAUCAUCAUCAUCAUCAUCAAAGAACUAUAAUUUAUCACGUAUUAAAAACAAUCGUCGAAAACAACAAUCAAUUAUGCUCUGUUCACCAACUGUUACAAUUACUUGUCAAAAAUUACUUUAUCCUGAAUCACGGCAAGAAAUAAUAUUACCUGAUUUAAUUCUUGAUAUAGUUAAUGAACAAAAACGUCAAUCGUCAAUACAAAAUGUAGCGGAAAUGUUAAGAAAAGUGGGAGAUGAAUUAGAUGAUAGAUUAAAUAAGACAUCUUCAUCAUCAUCAUCGUCAUCAUUUUCCAUACAAAUAGUUCAAUAUGAAAGUUUAAUUUUACAAUAUGUGAUACCGUUUACUCGAUUUCUUCGAUUGUUUCUAUAA